AAUCACUUUGAUCAAUACGAAGAAGGGCACCUGGAGAUAGAGCAAGCAUCUCUAGACAAGCCUAUAGAAUCGGAUAAUAUUGGACACCGCUUACUCCAGAAACAUGGGUGGAAGCUGGGCCAGGGAUUGGGAAAGUCACUGCAGGGGAGGACAGAUCCCAUCCCUAUCGUCGUCAAGUACGAUGUCAUGGGCAUGGGGCGGAUGGAAAUGGAGCUCGACUACGCUGAAGAUGCCACUGAGCGGAGGCGUGUACUGGAGGUGGAGAAAGAAGACACCGAGGAGCUGAGGCAGAAAUACAAGGAUUAUGUUGACAAAGAAAAGGCAAUUGCCAAGGCUUUGGAAGACCUCAGAGCAAACUUCUACUGUGAACUCUGUGACAAGCAGUAUCAAAAGCAUCAAGAGUUUGACAACCACAUAAACUCUUACGAUCAUGCUCACAAGCAGAGGUUGAAAGAUCUCAAGCAAAGGGAAUUUGCUCGCAAUGUCUCUUCAAGAUCACGUAAAGAUGAAAGGAAGCAGGAGAAAGCCCUCCGGCGUCUACAUGAACUGGCUGAACAGAGGAGACAGCCUGAAUGCGCUCCUGGAAGCGGACCCAUGUUCAGAACCACCACGGUGGCUGUGGAUGAGGAAGCUGGAGAUGAUGAUGAUUCUGCAGCCAACAGCAGUUCUUUCAUCCAGACAACUUCUGGCCACGCCACAGAGAUGACUAUGGACAGAGGUUUCCUAAACACUGGACAAGUCGGUGGCACUGUUAUGCCAAGCCAAAUGCCCAUCCAGACGGCGCAAGCAAUCAGCUUUGGCAUUAAAAGUACUUUGGGAACUCCACUGCAGAAGAUAGGUGUGUCGUUUUCAUUUGCCAAGAAGACCCCGGUAAAGCUUGAGACCAUAGCUUCUGUUUUCAAGGACCAUGUGGAAGAAUCGAGUUCUGCAGAUGGAGCAAAAGGUGAUGAGAGAGGAUCCUCAGAUGCAGGGAGCCUGCAGAAAUCUGGCGAGGGCGAAAGCACAAAUAAUUCUGACAGCAAGGCGGAGGAAGAUGACCAACAUGACAAAGAUAAUGGGUCUCUAGCCACUACGUUAUCUAAACUAAAAAAGAUGAGACGAGAAGAUGGACCAAUGGCCGUUGAACCAGAAUACUACCACUAUAUUCCCCCAGCCCAUUGUAAAGUAAAGCCUAAUUUUCAAUUCCUGCUUUUCAUGAAGUCUACCGAACAAAUGGAAGCUGAAAAUGUGAACAAAAAAACCACGCAUGAAGUUAAAAAGGGUAGUUCUCCAAAACCCAAACCCGGCAAGCACACAGAGAAGGCUGCUGAGAGCACGGGGCAGCAGAAGGAGCAGAGCACUACUGAAACUGUAGCUCAGCAGAGCAAAACAGAACUAAAAGAAGUCUCAGAAAAUGCGAGUAUGCAGGAGAACAAGCAUUUUACAGAGAGCAAUCUCCCUGAGCCAAACACUACUAAAGAAGUCGCUCAGCCUGUCCCAGGCUGUAAAGAUGUCACUGAAGGACCAAAGCAUCCAACAGGACCCUUUUUUCCCGUUCUGAGUAAAGAUGAGAGCACAACUCUCCAGUGGCCUUCAGAGCUUCUCAUAUUUACCAAAGCAGAACCAUCUGUUUCAUACAGUUGUAACCCCCUGUAUUUUGAUUUCAAGCUCUCUCGUAACAAAGAUGCUAAAGGUAAAGCGGCAGAGAAAUCUAAGGAUCCAGGGGGUCUUUGUAAAGAAAACGUUCCGAGCACAGAAUCCAGUGAGCUAAGCGAACACAAGGAGGCAGAAAGCGUAGCUAACAGUUCUGCUCUAAAAAUGGAAAACAAAUCUCUGUCCACCUGUGGCUCCCAGAACAAGCAGGAGUCCAGUUUGAUAAGCAUUAGUAAGGGAGAGGGAGAAGACAGUAGUAAAAGCAUAACCGGUAAGAGUAAAUCUGGGAGAUCCCAUAAACACAAAAAGAAAAAGAAGCACAAAAAGUCCAGCAAACACAAACGUAAACACAAGGAGGAAGCUGACGAGAAGGGCCGAAAAACUGACCUGGGGGAAGAGAAACCCAAGAAACGGAAAAGACACAGACACAAAAAAGGCAAAUCCUUUCUUUCUACUCAGUCGGAACGAGUGCUGAAAACCGAAUUGUCUGAAGAUUGUAGCCAUUUCCAGAAGAAAAAGCGGUUCUCUCAGGAGUCCCAGAGGAAGUCUCUGUCUGCUGAAGAGGGAAGCAGCGGUAAAAAGGAGGAUGGUGGUAACUCCUGCCAAGAGCACAGCAGCAAAAAACACAAGGCUGACCUGCAGCAGUUAUCUAGCAGCGGGGACUACGACAGUGACGAGGGCGCUCACAGGAAGCACUGCCAGCAGAAAUCCCCGUCGCAGUACAGCGACGACUAUGACUCCGGCAGCGACCACUCCAGGAGCCGCUCCAGGUCGGGGCGGAGGCACUCCUCUCACAGGUCCUAUUCGACCAGCUCUGAUGCCUCCUCGGACCACAGCCGGUACAGCCGUCGGAGAAGUUACUCGGAUGAUAGCUACAGCGAUUACAGUGACCGGUCAAGGUGCCAUUCAAAGCAGUCCCACGACUCGGAGGAUGACUCUGACUACAACAGCUCGAAUCACAGAUCAAAGCGGCGCAAGUACUCCUCUUCUGAAGAUGACUACAGCUCGAGUAGGAGCAGGUCGAGGAGUCGAAGCAGGAGCCGAACCCACCCUCGAGGUAGGUCAAGAACAAGGAGCCGGGGCAGAACACGCAGUAGCAGCUGCAGCCGCAGUCGAAGCAAGAGGAGAAGCCGAAGCGUAACAGGUCGCAGCUGGAAACGGAGCCGCAGCUAUAGCAGGGAUCGCAGCCGCAGUACGAGAAGCCACUCGCAGAGGUCUCUCUCGCGAAAGGGCUCUCGAGGCCACGAGAGCCCCGAAGAGAGGAGGUCCGGGAGAAGAGACUUCAUCAGGUCCAAAAUCUAUCGCUCGCAGUCUCCUCACUAUUUCCGGACAGGCCGAAGUGAAGGAUCGUCGCUGAAGAAAGAGGACGGCAAAGGAGAGGAUCUGAAAGGAUCUGGCUCACUCUCCCAAAACAGCAGCAGCUCUGGCACGGGGAGGGCCUCGGAAGGUGACUGCAGUCCGGAGGAGAGAAACUCCGUCACUGCAAAACUACUCCUGGAAAAGGUUCAAUCCAGGAAGGUUGAGAAGAAGCCCUGCAUCACUGACGAGAUGCUGGCAGGGGCAAACAAGGUGGGCAUAAAGCUCAAAGAUCCUCCCCAGGGCUACUUUGGCCCGAAACUUCCUCCUUCCUUAGGCAACAAACCCGUUCUCCCCUUAAUUGGGAAACUGCCAACCAUUCGAAAACCAAACGCCAAAAGAUACGAAGAGUCUGGCUUGGAGAGGGGCGAGGAGCAAGAGCUGUCGGAUUCUGAGGAUGUUUCCCAAGGCAUCGAGGAGGCUCAGUUGGCUGGCCAGUCUCUCCUGGAAGAAGUGGUGAUGGUAAUUCAGGACAAACCUCUGGAUGAGCAGAAACGUGACGAACCUGCCGUGGAAAUGCCGUCCAUUCCCCUGGAAGCACCGGCACUCCCCGAGUGCUUUGGUUCUGGAGAUCUGGUCAUGCCGCACAACUUCCUCUCAGAUCCGAGCGAUGGCGAUGGGCUAGAACCUAUGGACGGGGGCAACCAGCCGGUCCCAGUGGAAACCAGUAUGAUGCCCUUAGUUCCAGAUGUCGAGCACUUUCCUGGCUACGUGCCUCAGAGCGGGGAGCCGAGCAUCGAAGGGGAUCGGGAAGGAGGAGAAGAUUCCUCUCUAGCACCACUCGAGAGCCAGCCGAUCACUUUUACACCCGAAGAAAUGGAGAAAUACAGUAAGCUGCAGCAAGCUGCUCAGCAGCACAUUCAGCAGCAACUUCUGGCAAAGCAGGUCAAGGCCUUUCCUGCCUCGGCGGCCCUGGCGCCGGCAGCGCCUGCCCUGCAGCCCAUCCACAUUCAGCAGCCGGCGGCGGCAUCCGCAACCUCCAUCACCACCGUGCAGCAUGCCAUCCUGCAGCACCACGCCGCCGCGGCCGCCGCCGCCAUCGGGAUUCACCCUCACCCCCAUCCUCAGCCUCUCGCUCAGGUUCAUCAUAUACCCCAGCCCCACUUGACACCUAUUUCAUUAUCCCACUUGACCCACUCGAUUAUUCCAGGGCACCCUGCUACGUUUCUAGCCAGCCACCCCAUCCACAUCAUUCCAGCGUCAGCUAUCCACCCGGGCCCCUUUACUUUUCAUCCGGUUCCUCACGCUCUUUAUCCAACCCUUCUUGCCCCGAGACCCGCUGCCGCUGCGGCCGCUACAGCGUUACAUCUUCACCCUUUGCUGCACCCCAUUUUCUCAGGACAGGACUUGCAGCAUCCACCCAGUCACGGCACAUGAAGGACAAAAUGAAGUAACCUUGGAGGAAAGAGAAUAUUUUGCAUUUUGGGAAGGGGUUGAAGUUGAUGCAGCUGGCAGGUGAGGCCUGAGAAUUUCCUUUCACUCUUUAGCAGCCAAAGAAGCCAGAGGCUCGAGGGAUGGGUAGCAGCAGGCGGCGGGUCAGUUCGUAAGCGUUGUGUAUAUCCGCUACCAGGGACUGUCUCACGUCCCCGACACCUCCGUGCACGUAGCAGCACUGUAUCCUAGAAGAACCAUUUCACGUGUAGACCAGCGAGACACUUAGGCUUUUUUUUUCCCCUGGAUUCUUACAUUUGGCCAUCUUCCUUCUGCCGCCUUGUAUAUGAUAAAUGAGAUUUCGUACACACUAAUAGGUCUCUAAAAAUCCUUUUAAUGAGGUCAUCUAAUUAAAAUAGUCAGCAUGAUUGAAUCCAGCUUGUAAUCAGUGACAAAACAUUCAGUAAUUGACAGCUGUGGAUCCUGGCGAGGAGACCGAUGGAAGGGCAGUGCCACUCUUGUUUUGGCUGGGCCAGUACCAGUUUUCAGGCAUUACAGGAGAUUUCUUGGCACCCUAUCGCUGCACCCCUGGGGUUUCUUUUCUCGGCGUGAGCAGCAAAGGUGGAAGUAAGAUCUUAUUUUAAAGCCCAAGAGAGGAGCUGCGCGUCUGCUCAGCGCUCCGACCCUUCUCCAUCCUGCAUUAGCAUUCUCCUGGGCGAGGACUGCACCUUGACGCCUUCUGGAUAUCCUGGACUGGAGAGAGGUUCUCGGUUUGGUCGGUGAUUUCAAUCUGGGCUUUGACCACUCUUCUCCUGGGGCGGGGGGGAAUAUCACUCUGACUUCUGUCUUUUGCGGUGUUGGGAAAGAGGCACUCGGAUGAGAGAGAAGGAAAAUCCCUUUAGGAAUCGAAGCAAUACAGAGGACUGGGGAGAGUGGCGGGGGUAUGUAAAGUGUAUUCUUUCCUCUGUAAUACUGAUGGUUUCCUUAUUAAUUUAUAGGAUUUUUUUUUAAUGUAAAGAAUUGCACUGAACUCUGUAAACAAAGAUGCUGCUUUUUGUAGCUCAUAUAAAAAGGUUACAUUUGUAGUAUACUGCAAUAAUAUUUUUUACAGCCAGUUCUUUUAGUGGUACUUGUUCUGGUGGCUUUUGUGUAAAUAUGUUUGCUGUAGGUGAAAUAAGACACUUGUAAAGGUUCAACUUUAUAGUUUCAGCUAGAUGCAAAAUGACUAAGCAUGUAUAUUUUAUCAAGCUCAUGUAUUUUUGAAGUUUUUAUGUACUAUAAAAUGUAAAAAAAAAAAAUCUUCAUUUAGCAUUUUGCAGAAGAAAAAAAAAAAGUGAGACUUGGACUAGGUGAGGUGCGUGGACGACACCGGUGACUCUAACAGCUAAUGAACGGCAUCGCAUUGGAAGGCGGCGGUGGCUGCCGGCUUUGCGGAGGGAAGCAGCCCGGGCACGCUGCGUGCUCCUCGUCUUUGCUAAGCAGCUGUUUAUAGGAAUCGACACUGGAGGCAGUCUCAGGAGCGUCAGGAAUUUGGGUUGUCUCCCAGAGUAUAAAAUACCCCCUUUUUUUUUCUUUUUCUUUUUUUUUCCCCUGGGUUUGAACCGGUGAUUUGCCGGUGCCAGCCCGGCUGUGCAGUUCAGUACAGUCUUCUGGUGAAGGAAGAGCCUUUUAACCGUAACCGUGUGCCAUCUUACACGCAGGGAGAGGUGGUUUAGGACUAAUCCCUUGAGGCUGUGCCUGCCUGUGAUGUUCCAUAAGGGAUUUCUCUGUUCGUUCUGGCAUCAUCCACUGGCUGCAGAUAACGCUGCCUGUGGGAGCCUUCUCCAUCCACGGGCUCUUCCCGUGGCACCGGCACGAGUUGCUGCUGUCCCCGCUGACCUGGGUUAUUUCAGGUUCGGGUCCUCCUCGUGUUA